AAUCCUCAUGUUAUGAUUUCAGUUGACGAAAGACAAUCUCUCGGUGACGAAGAUGGCGAUAUCCCUCUUUUGAGACGGGAUUCACGAGGGAGCGAGUUCAUAAACGUGGAUGCACCAAUACCUGGUGCUUAUAAUGGGGAUUGGAAUGAUGGAGAAGGCGGAGAUGGCAACAAUAUUCGAUAUGGGAGAAUUCCUCAAAGAGUUCCUCGACGAUACAAAACUAUCAAGAAGGUCGAACUCUUUCACGGCAACUUUGUCAUUGAUUCACCUGUCCCUUCGAAGCUUCUCUCUCUUUCCGGUCUCCCUACGGACACCACCAACUUGGACAGGGAAUUUACACACAUGCGCUACAGUGCCGCCACUUGUGAUCCAAACGAUUUCAAGGAUAGCGGGUUUACCCUCCGUCAAGUGCACUACGAUCCCCCGCGUCGGACCGAGUUGUUUAUCGUCUUAACAAUGUACAAUGAGGACGAGGUCCUUUUCACGCGUUCGAUGCAGGGUGUAUUCAAGAAUAUCGCACACCUUUGUAAACGUGACAGGAGUAAGACCUGGGGCAAAGAUGGGUGGAAGAAGGUUGUCGUUUGCGUUGUGAGUGAUGGUCGAGGAAAAAUCAAUUCGCGAACCCUUUCUGUCCUUGCGGGAAUGGGAUGCUACCAAGACGGGGUAGCGAAGAAUGUGGUCAACCGUAUACCUGUGCAAGCUCACGUAUACGAAUACACGACACAUAUAUCCAUCUCUCCUUCACUCAAAAUUGAAGGUGCCGAGAAGAACCAUGUACCAGUUCAGGUCAUAUUCUGCUUGAAGGAAAAGAACCAAAAGAAGAUUAACUCUCAUCGGUGGUUCUUCAAUGCCUUCGGCUCCGUAUUGAACCCCAAUGUCUGUGUGCUGAUCGACGUCGGAACGAUGCCUGGCCCAACAAGUAUAUAUCACUUGUGGAAGGCGUUCGACAUCAAUUCAAAUGUCGGUGGGGCCUGUGGUGAAAUUGUUGCGCUCAAGGGCAAGCUGGGUGUCAACUUGCUCAAUCCACUAGUCGCUGCUCAGAAUUUCGAAUACAAGAUGUCCAACAUUCUCGAUAAACCGUUGGAAUCCGUCUUCGGAUAUAUCACAGUGCUGCCAGGUGCCUUCUCCGCAUAUCGAUAUAUAGCAUUGCAGAAUGAUGCCAAAGGAGAGGGUCCGUUGGCAAAAUAUUUCUUGGGCGAAAAGAUGCACGGAGCGAAUGCUGAUAUCUUCACUGCAAACAUGUAUCUUGCCGAGGAUCGUAUUCUUUGCUGGGAGCUUGUAUCCAAGCGAGGCGGUAGCUGGAUUCUGCACUAUGUCAAGAGCGCGUAUGGUGUCACAGAUGUUCCAGACCAAGUUCCGGAGCUCAUCUCCCAGCGUCGUCGUUGGUUGAACGGUUCCUUCUUCGCUGGUGUCCACUCAACGCUCCAUUUUUACUACAUUUAUCGGAGCGCACACUCAUUCAUGAGAAAAUUCUGGAUUCAUGUAGAAAUGGUGUAUCAAACAUUCAAUCUAAUCUUCAGUUGGUUUGCACUGGCAAACUACUACAUCGCUUUCACCGUGCUUUCAGAUUCUUUAGAGGACCCGGAUUUCGGCCUCAAAGGUAUCAAUAUCGUCAACAUUAUCCUCAACUACUUCUACCUCGGAUUGCUGGUCAUGUGUUUCUUGUUAAGUUUGGGCAAUCGACCACAAGGUAGUAAAUGGGCAUUCACCAUAGCACUCAUUGGCUUUGGAAUCAUUACAAUAUACAUGACGGCCUCCGCAAUCUUAUUGGUGUACAAGGGGAUAGAAAAUAUCAUUUCCACUGAUGGGCCUAUCACCUUGAACAGCCUGUUUACGGACGCCAUUUUCAGAGAUAUUGUAAUUAGUUUGGCGGCUACUUAUGGUCUUUACCUCUUUGCUAGUAUAUUAUUCUUUGAACCUUGGCAUAUGAUCACAUCCUUCAUCCAAUACCUGCUCAUGGCCCCUUCUUACAUUGCUGUACUCAACGUUUAUGCAUUCGCAAACGUGCAUGAUAUUUCUUGGGGUACAAAGGGCGAUAACAAGGUGUCUACAGACCUGGGUGUCGUGGAGGUGAAGAAAGACGGCAAAGACGGGAAGACAAUGGUGGAGGUGAACGUACCCACAGAAGAGAAGGACAUCAACGCUGCGUACGAGGACGCAUUACAUGUUCUUCGUACUAAGGCCCCUAAAGCCGAAGAAAAAGUGGACGAAGCGACUAAGCAAGAGGAUUAUUACCGCACUUUUCGAACCAAUGUCCUAUUAGCUUGGACUUUGAGCAAUGGUUUACUCGCUGCUAUCAUCGUCGAGGCAAACGCUAAAGCAUCGGACUCUGGAGCAAAUAAUUCCGUGAAAGGAUACUUAACGUUCUUGUUGUUUUCAGUCGCUGGUUUAGCAUUUGUCCGUUUUGUGGGAUCCACGACGUACAUGGUUGUCAGGUUGUUUGCUGGAGAGUAGAUCUGAGUUGAUGGUCAAGUUAUCUAACAGGACUUUACUGACGAUGUCAAAUUCUUUCAAUGCUAUUUUCUGCCGUUUGCUUCCUUUCUCAUGUUAUAGUAUUUACACAACGUAUAUCAUACCCUCACGUCCAAUGAAAACGACAACCAAAUCUAUGUAUAGUAAAACCGUACACCAUUUUUCAAGUAAACAAGCUGUAAUCUACUAACUCAAGUUCAAAAAGCAAGCAGGGAUUGCUGGCAAAGACUUGGG